GCCAGCAGAGAGAUGCGAUCGGGGCGACGGCGGUUAAGAGAUCGUAGGUCGUUGCAUACCCUGCCGAUGUGGGCAGCAACCAGUGACCGCAUAUGUCAAGUACUGAUGGACCCCACUCAAGCUGAAGUUCGAGUUAGACCAGGAAACAAGAUGGAACGAAAAUAUGUGGCGCAGUAUCCUACAGUGUACUCACUAGAGGCCACUGCAGAAUGUGCAAUGAAAAAAUCGGGCAUUCUCAUCAAGUCAAGGCACGCGGGAAAUCAGACGGAUAUGAAACGAUUAAAACGAACACCUCCAUCGAGUCCUUGUGCUGAAGAGUCAUCGAACCACGCUGAGGCUUCCAUUGUCCCCGAGCAAGACUCGUCUCUGGAACAGUCGACCGAGUCUCACUGUCUCCACCCCACAGGGGCCCGUCCUCGAAGACGGGGCUCACACGACACGCCGCACGCACCCACCAAAGAUUUGUAGCGGCGCAUGCAUCCGGGCAUCCAGCCGGCAUCUCGACUCGUCGAGUAUCGGCAAAAAUCUUCACAGAUCAAGGAACUACCUACUAUACAAAAAAUAAUUGUACAGUUUAUUUAUCACACCUUGUAUUAAGGUUAUAUGAUCGUGUCGAGAUGGGGAAGGGUGUUGUUUCAAUCAGAUGGGGCCACUGGUAAUCUUUGUAUUAGCAGAAGCAGUAAUCUUGUAAAGGUUAUUAUUAAUAUUAUUAUUAUAAUAUUGUAUUUAGAGUAAAGGACUUUGACCUACAGUUACAAAUAUGAAUUGACCGUAGUUGUGUGUUAUUAUGAACCUAGCACAAGUUGUGCAACACACCUUGCACUCAAAAUCAUAUUCUUACUAUUUAACACAAAUUUUUAUUUACCAAGUAAGAUGCUAUCUGCUGUUCAUGAGAAGUGAGAUGUAUUAUUUUUUAUUAACAUAUACUAAAUAUUAAAGCCGGAAGUUUCUUACCAAGGCCACGUGCAGAAUGAUGGGGGCUUGUUAUAUUUUGUUAUUAUAAAUCUUUGUAAGCAUCCUGCGUUGGCUGGCAUUGCUGAAUUUAAUUACAUUAUCUAUGUUUAUUUUAGUUACAAUUAUUCACGGUGCAAUCUGAUGAAAAUGCGUACAGUUGGUGGAACUGAUGUUGUUGAUAUGUGUAGAGUUGUGUUGCCAGACACUUCUAUAGAAUGAACUCCUGUUUAUAAAGGACAUGUUUGGCAUUUUCCCCUGAGGAGUAGUAAUGCAUUGAAACCAUCUAUUUAGAAAAGCCACCUGUCUAUAAGGGAUACUGUCAGGAGUCUAUAAAUAUUGAUAGACUCCUGAUACUAUAUAGGUGUUUUCCUUAUAUAUUAAGUAUCAUUACAUACAGGUUUGACUAUGUUUAUAAAUUAUAGUUGGCGUGUAUGCUUUAUAUCUACAGACAUAUACAGCUGCAGCAGACAGCAAUGCAGGCGCAGAUUUAGGCCGGUUUGCACCGGUUUCCAGAAACAGGUCACAGGCCUCAAAAUUCACCAGAAUGCACCAAAUAUA